UAGAAGGACGGAUAUCAUAGAUGGUUGGAUAGUGUAGUAGAUAAAUGGAUAGUGUAUAUUGAUGAAUGGUGUAGAUGGUUGGACAGUGUAGAUUGAUGGAUAAUGUACAUAGUUGGAAAGUGUAGAUACUUGGAUAGUGUAGAAGGACAGAUAGUGUAGAUGGCUGGAUUUUUUACAUGGAUGGAUAGUGUAGAUGAUUGGAUAAUGUAGACAGUUGGAUAGUGUAGAUGGAUUGAUAGUGUAGAUGAAUAUAUAUAAUUGAUGGAUGGAUAAUAUAGAUGGAUGGAUAGUGUAGGUGCAUGGAUAGUGUAUAUUGAUGGAUGGUGUAAAUGGUUGGACAUUGUAGAUUGAUGGAUGGUGUAGAUGGUUGGACAUUGUAGAUUGAAAGAUAGUGUAGAUAGAUGGCUAGUGUAAAUAGUUGGAUAGUAUAGAAGAAUGGAUAUCAUAGAAGGAUGUAUAGUGUAAAUGGUUGGAUAGUUUAGAUGGAUGGAUAGUGUGGAUGGUUGGGUACUGUUAGAUGGUUGGAUAGUGUAGAUGGACAGAUAGUGUAGAUAGUUAGAAAGUUUAGAUGGUUGGAUAGUGUACAUGGACAGUAUGGAUAGAUAGUUUAGAUGGUCGGUUAGUGUAGAUGGAUGGAAAGUAUAUAUUGAUGUAUUAUGUAGAUGGUUGGACAGUUUAUAUUGAUGGACAGUGUAGAUGGCUGGAUAGUAUACAUGGAUGGAUAGCAUAGACAGUUGAAUAGUGUAGGGUGGAUAGUGUAGAUGGUCGGAUAUUGUAUAUGGUUGGAUAGUUUAGAUGGUUAGUGUAGAUGGUUGGACAGUUUAUAUGGCUGGAUAGUAUAGAUGGCUGGAUAGUAUAGUUGGAUGGAUAGCGUAGAUGGACGGAUAGCGUAGAUGGACGGAUAGCGUAGGUGGACGGAUAGCGUAGAUGGUUGGAUAGUGUACAUGGUUGGAUUGUGUAGAUGAUUGGAUUGUGUAGAUGGAUGGUUAGUGUAGAUGGUUGGAUAGUGUAGAUGGUUGGAUAGUGUAGGUGAUUGGUUGGAUAGUGUAGAUGGAUGGAUAGUGUAGUUGGUUGGAUAGUGUAGGUGGUUGGAUAGUAUGGAUGGAUGGUGUAGAUGGUUGGGUUGUGUAGAUGGUUGGAUGGUGUAGAUGGUUGGAUGGUGUAGAUGGUUGGAUGGUGUAGAUGGUUGGAUAGUGUAGAUAGAUGGUUAGUAUAGAUGGUUAGAUAGUAUAGAUGGUUAGAUAGUGUAGAUGGAUGGAUGGUGUAGAUGGUUGGAUGGUUUGUAGAUGGAUGGCUAGUGUAGAUGGAUGAAUAGUUUACUGUCUGAAGGGAUCUGUUAAUAUUGAUGAGUGCAGUGAUGGAUGAGUUGAUUUUUUUUCUCGUUUCUUCUAGGGUGAACAAUGAGUUUUGCAGAUGACAAGUUUGAGAAGUAUCUGCAAAAUAAUCUGAGGCGUCUAGAAAACAUAGCACUUGAUGAGCUGUUACCACAUCUGACCCCCUGCCUCUCCCUGGCUACUGUGGAGAAGCUGAAAGCCUGUUUCAGAAAUGAGGGCAUCAGGAAAUCGGUGAUGACCUUCUAUCUAGAUCUGAUCAGAGGUGACGACUGGCCGAAACAUUUUAUCAAUGCUCUCAAAGCGUGCAAGCAUGAAAAGCUGGCGAAAGAGUUCGAGGAGGUCUAUGCUUCGUAUCAGCUGCCAACUAACCAGUCUGGUCCUCUAUCACUCCCUGCAUCACUGAGUCAACACAACCAUCAACCAACUCAGGAAAGUCCACAGCGUAGCUCCAGCCUCCCAGGACAGAUGCCGUCAACAUCCCUUGACGCACAGCCAGGUCCUUUACCAGAACCUUCCCAAAGGUUCAACCCGAUCCAACCUGAGCAGCAGAUGACGCAAAGAUCACCAUCCCAACAUAACCAUGAGUUCAGAAGCCUUCCUCCAUUCCCACAAGACCCUCCUGUUCCGCCCAGAAACCCACUUUCCCACAAAGUUUCAGAACCAGUACACUCCGACGGUAGAACAGUAGAUGAUACGUCCGGAAAUCCAGUCCCGGAAACAACUCCGUACCAGGCUACACUCCCUGUGGGUGAAUUUGAGGCUUUACAGAAGGAUGAGUCUUCCAUCUCAGAAAAUCCACAUAUUGGGCCGGAUCUUUUACCUAGUCAUAAGCUGUCACCAAACUUAAAAGAGCCACUACCAGGGGUGUCCAUCAAACCGUCCUCUCAGGAUGUAUCUCCCAUAAAGAUUUCAGAGGCUCAAACAAACCUGUCUUAUAGUCCUUCUUCAAGCAGUGAUGGAGGGGGUGACAUCGGCAGAGGUCCACCUGUGCACAAUGAGACACAGAAGCUUCCAGAGCAAUUUCCUGCCUAUAUUACUGUUAAGUCUAUACAGGAGGAACAUGGGGAAAGUGAGAACAAAGAGCAGUCUGACACCCACGAGGCAUCGAACCUUCAGGAACACCCUGCGUCGUCAUCUUCACGCGUUCACUCGGUGAGGGAGAAGGUUGUACAGGGCAAUGGACGUCCAGCAUUGCAGGCAGUGGACAAUGUUCCAGACGGACAUCCAGCAAGCUACCGUCCUGUAAACGGAGAAACUGUCCAAGGGGAACAGAGCAGGACAUGGCAAGCAGAUCAAUGGGCUUCUUCAGGUUCAUCUUGCAGACCGCUGGACAGCAAUAAUGAAGAGGAGUAUUUAAGCAAACCAGGAGCUCUGGUGUCUACUGAUGACCUUCCACCUACAACCGCGAUAUCUGCAAACCCUAGUGUAAUGUCCUAUCAUGACUUACAAAUAAGUAACGAUACAGAGAUGAACGAAUCAAGUAACGCUACUGGUCGGUCUUCUUCUCCAUCCAUCACGCAGAAGAUAGUCCCACUUGCGAGCACUCCAAACAACAUGUCGCUAAAACACAGUGCUGAGGAGAAUGACUUCAUGUUUGACUCGAGGUCUAGUCCAGGACGUAACAGAUCUGAUCAUUUCUCAUCAAAGCAGCCAGAGGAGAAUAGCUUUGGAAGUAGUGAUGUCCGCCGCUAUAGCCUUCAUUUUAACGAAAGGCCAGAAGAAAACCUCAUGGGAAGUAAUGAUGACGUUUUGAGGAAUAGACCAAGGAAGAGUCCAAAUACCAGUGAGCCAAAUGAUCAGAAUACGCAGAAAAAAACUAGCAAAACGUCAGAAGGAAGGGAUCGUGAAAGAACCGUCUUAGUUACAAUCACUGCUGCUUCAAUUUGCCUUUCUUUAUACCUCUUAUGGAAAAUUCAACAAAAGUAGAUGCUUCAGAUUUAAAGGGCCACUAAAGUACAAAGAAGCUGCUAACCGCACUCACACAAACACUAUAUGACCAGAAGGGUUGGGACACCACUCAGUUGUUGAAUUCAGGUGUUUCAUUCAGUCCCAUUGCCACAGGUGUAUAAAAUCCAGCCCCUAGCCAAGCACUCGUCUUUACAAACAUUUAUGAAAGAAGGUCUCAUUCUGAAGAGCUCACCGAAUCCCAGCGUGGUCCUGUAAUAGGAUGCCACCACUGCAACAAGUCAGUUCCUGAAAUUUCCUCUCUCCUAGGUAGGCAUUGUUGGGUAUGUUUGGGGUGGGAGAACUUGACUGGCUGCACAGAGCCCUGACCUCAACCCCAUCCAACAUCGUUGGAAUGAACAAGAAUGAAGAUGGUGAUCUAGGCCCAAUCAUAUAAAAUCAGUGUCUGACCUCAUAAAUGUUCUUCUUGAUGUAUGGGCAAAUAUUUCCAAAGACACACUCCGAAAUCUUGUAGAAAGACCAGAAGAGUGGAAGCUGGUCUAAGAUUUACAAGGGGAUGUCAUAAAACCUCGGGUAGGUGUCCAAACAUUUUUGUCCAUAUAGUGUAUGUAGGUUAAAGGGGUUCUGCAGUUAUUUUCAACUGAUGACCUAUCCUCUGGAUAGAUCAUCAGCACCUGAUUGG